UAGUGUCGAGGCAUAGAAGUGUGGAGCAGUUGUAUUCAGUACCCAGUACUCAGUACUCAGUACCGCAGUCAGUCAGAAUUCAAAUCGCAAUCAGAUCCCAAAUCUGGCAAACCGAUCGGACCCAUUUCAAAUCAAAAUCAAAAUCCAAAUCCAAAUCGAAUUGCAAACUUUAAUUGAAAAUUAAAUUUCAAAAUUUAUUGAAAGACAUUGUCUCGCGUGCUCACUGAAAUCAUCGCAAAGAAAUCAAGGUUUGAACUCUGGUUCUUCCCCUCAUUUGGUGUCUGUUGUACGUAAUAUUUUUGUUAAUUUUUUUGAAAGUGCGUGCGUGUUAUGAAAAGUUUGUUUGAGGGGCUUUCUUUUUGAACAACAAAACAGAAAAAAGAAAAACGAACGUAAAGCGAAAAAAAAGACCCCGACCUAGAACUAAAAGAAAGCGGAAAGAGGCAGGAUGUCGGACAAGCAGCAGGAAAAGGAACCAAUCCCCGAGGAGAAGGUGCAGCAGCAGCAGCAGCGGGAGCAGCGGGAGCAGAGGGAGCAGCGGGAUCAGGAGGCUUCUGGCAGCAGAAAUGGGUGUUGCGGAUCCUGCCCAGAUGCGGAUGCGGAACCGGAAGUGGAAAUAGACGUGGAGGUGGAGGAGGCAUCGGGAUCAGCAAUUGGAGCUGCAGCUGCCGGCGGAUCGGAUGCACCCGGUCCGGCCAAUCCGAAUCCGGGACUGGAACGCGACCGGGACAGGGACUCGCACGGCGACAGAUCCACUCAUCGUGAUGAGUUUGGCACACAGCGUGUUUACAAGAAGACCUCGCCAAACUGUGUGCUGACUUUAUAUUUACCCACUCGCGAGAUAACGCUCACCGGAAAUAAUCCGUCCGUUUUGAGGGGCAUCGUCUACGUGGAUCCGAAGGCCAUCCAGGGAUAUCGCGUAUACGCCCAGCUGACGCUGACGUUCCGGUAUGGCCGCGAGGAUGAGGAGGUGAUGGGUCUGCGAUUCUGCAACGAGGCCAUUAUGUCGCUGCACCAGAUUUGGCCACGACUCGAGGAGCCCACGCCAGAGUCCCUCAGUCCAUUGCAGGAGGCCCUGAUGAAGCGCCUGGGCGACGGAGCCCAUCCCUUCACCCUCUCGCUGUCCUCCUACGCCCCACCCAGUGUCCAGUUGGUGCCCGCCAAGCGCUACUACGGAGCACCCAUUGGCACCAGCUACGAUGUCCGCUGCUUCAUUGCGGACAAAACAGAUGAGAAGUUUCAUCGCCGGGCCUCCGUAAAGAUGGGCGUACGCGUCAUCUAUCGCACGGAUGUCUUUCAUCAGCACUUGGCGCCCGAACAGUAUGCCGCCUACGCCGGUCGUCAGAACAACGCCCAAUCGCCGCCGGCCAGUGCCACGCCCCCGUCGGGCGGUGAGGGCGGCGAGCAGCACAUCCAUCAGCAAUCGCAAUCGCAGCCAACAAGCGGUUCCAAGCACAAGUCAAAGUCCGAGCGCGGCGACUCCUUUCCCAAGUUGCGUCUCUCGCCGAAAUCCUUUCGGUUCAGCGGUCGUUUUGGGCGCAGCAAGAGCGAGAUCGAAAAGUGUCCCAAUGAUCCUUUCCACAGCUACAGCAAGUCCUUCCAGGAGCACUGCGACAGCAUGUUGCCGCCGCACACUGGAGCCGGGGUCACCGGUGGCAUCGGUGGCGUCAGUGUGGGUCCUUGUGGCGGUCCCCAAGGAUCCGUGGACAAGCCGUUCCUGCUGCACGACGGCCGGGUGGGCUUGAGGGCCAGCUUGGACAAGGGCUGGUAUACACACGGCGAGGACGUUCAGGUGACCGUCAAUAUACGCAACGAUAGCCGCAAGACGGUCCGCAAAGUGCGGGUCUGCGCCAUUCAGCACGUCGACGUUUGCAUGUUCAACAACGGCAAGUUCAAGAAUGUGGUGGCCGAUUCGGAUAAUGUCACACCGCCGGUGGAUCGCACAGUGGCCGCUGGAGCCUCGUUGAACACCACGGUGACGCUGCGUCCGCAACGCGGUCCCACCAAGAACUGGAUCGCCCUGGAGGACACUUUGCAGCGGAGCACCGAGCCGGAGGAGAUCACCGGCGCCAUCGCUGCUUCGGCCAUCCGCUCGCCACACUUUGUCAUGCAGAACGCCCAGCUGUUGGGCGGUUGCGGCCAUCCGCUUGGCAGUCCGGCAUUGGUCACCCCACAUCCACACCUGUGGCAGCCGGGCCCGCAAGGUCAGGGUCAGUCGGGUAAUCCCAACGCCGCCGGCGCCGGUGGCAAUGAGGAGCGCAACGUGUUCGCCAUCUAUGUGUCCUACUACGUCAAGGUGAAGCUAACCCUGAGCGGCAUGGGUGGCGAGUUGUCCCUGAAGUUGCCCUUCGUCCUCGUCCACGUGGAUGAGACACAGCGUCCGGGCUUUGCCUCCGCCACGCUGGGCGAACUGCGCAUGGAGAUGGAGCGCCUGGCCCUGCAUGAUGCACCCGUGGGCAAGCGUAACGGACGACGGCAGGCACAGGCCACGGCCACAGAGAUCGGAGAUGGACCCUCCACCAGUGCGGCUGCUGCCGCCGCAGCCGCUGCUGCCAAGUCGGCCUCCCAAUCCUUCGGCCAGUCAGCCGGGCAGCUGGACAUGAUCGAGAGCCUGGACGAUGAGUUCAACAUUCGGGUGCCAGUGCCAAAACACGGCUCCCACAAGCGGCGUUUGCUGCGCAGCGAGACCUUGGCCCGCGAUCUGGAGGAGCACGAGGAGCAUGGUCCGAUGGCCGAGGAAGAGGACCACAUCGUUCAGAUUCACUUGGAGCAGGUGUCACCGGACAGGGACGAGGUGCAGCCUGAGGAGCGGGCGCCGGAGGAGCAGGUGAGCCACGCCCCCGGUGCCGAGACCGGUGCGGUACCCAAGUCGUCGAAUGUGUGAUUCUGAUUGUGGUCCCAGAUGUUUGCCAAACGCAAGAGGAAGCCGUAGUACCCGAUUUCCCAAGUGGUAGUAUAGGGUAAUUGUGUCCCAAGUCCAAUUACUAUUUCCCAGAACGCGAAAAUCGAUUGAAAUCGAUCAAAUAUAUAAUUGUUUAUGUUUUGAUCUAAUUUGUUCAAGCAGUUUCCUGUUCUAUUUUUAUUUGAGAAUGUUAAACUGUUUUGCGCUUUAGCAAUACGUCCAAAAACUAUACAUUUUUUGACAAAUAGAACCACGUUUGUAUGUACGUCUAAGCCUGCUGUUUAAUAAGGCGCUUUAGUUUUUGUAACAUUUUCGAUUCAGCAGCAUUUUAAAAAUACACGUUUGAAAACGUUUUUAAAGGUAUGAGCAGCAACUCUCGGAGUUGCGGCCACUGUAAAUUUUAAAAGGAAAACCAUUCAGUUUCGGUUUCAGCAGUCAAAUGUCAGGAGUUAGAUGAUAGGUACCCAAUAUGAAAGGGUGGGGAUUCGAAAGAAGUUUAUAGGUAUUAAAAAGUAGAUGGUUUCCAAAAUCGGAGAGAAAGAAAUCCAAAAAUGAACUAGAAGGCAACGGUAUUCCCUAGGAAUUAGACAAUGAAUUGAGGUGAAAUUUUUGCAGUUUGAUUAAAAUGGUGAAUGUGAGUUGCGAGUUGCGACGAAGGCGUUGAAGUCAAAGUUGAGGUAGUCGUAGAUAAAGUUAAGAUUUAUGAUUUGAUAUUAGCCAUGCAAUGCGUUGAAAUUGAUGAUAUUUUGCGUGGAUUGGCAGGAUAGAGUAGCCUAUACGAGUAGCUAAUGGCAUCAACAGUAUUGAAAUUGGAAGGCAAGCCAACCCAAAAGCAAAGUCAAAACAUAUAUAUUUACCUAGAUCUUAAGUGAGUGUGGUUCAAAUGAAAUCUAUGUAUGUGUAUGCAACUAUGCAUUAAUUUACAAACAAAAAAACAAAUGCCAAUUGAAAUGCCCAUUUUUCAAAUCGCACAGAUGUCACCAUUAGGGAUAUACUAUCUAAAUAAUCAUAUAUUUACUGAAUAUUAAAUGUUUGAUGUGUAUUUACAAAACGACAAGGAAAUAUUACAGAGGCCAAAGGCAGAGGCAAAUACACACACUAACCAUUGGUGUAAAAAUCUCGUUGCGGUUUCAAGCUGACAAAAAGUAUUUACAAAUAACCAACCAACCAAAAAAAAAAAAAAAAAAAACACAAAGUAACAAACACAACACAUAUCUGUGGGUUUUCUGGCUUUUGUUGCCAACGUCAGUGUGUUAUUGUCGCAAUGUAUUGAUUCAAAUCUAUGGUCAAAUUAGGCGAAUUAAGCAGACAGGUGUCACUGCAAAAAGGUGAUUCUCUCAGAGUAUGAAAAACCUAAAUCUAACGACAAAGUUCCGAACAGUAAGGCAAAAAGCAGCCACGAAGGAUCGACACUAUAGCUAUAGUUUUUUAAAUCGUAUUGAGACACCUGGAAUAUCUGAUUAAUGAUCUGAUGGUGAUCCAGAUACCUAAAGAGUUUUGAAUGAAUUGUGGAAAUGUCCUGUUUGAAAGGAGGAUGCGGUAUGAACUUAAACCACCAAGAAAUGCGAACCUAUGAUAUCGAAGAUUUUUAAUGUUAGCUGUACGAAAAUCCAUAUGAAUAUGCAUACUACUACUACAAUGAGAAGGGAUAUUGGAAAUGGAAAACUGAUAACAAUAUUAAUAAUAUUUAUGUGUACGAGUAUAUGUGUCUACAGUUAAUGUGCAACAUUGAAACACACUGAAUAAUGAUGAAUUUAUGAAUGUUCGUAACACGAUUAAGUAAUCGCUAUGCUCGGCUUACGCAAUCUUUGUGCAGAUCAAUAUGCUGAUCGAAAUAGACAUUUAAACUUAAAUAGAACUAUAUAUUUAUGUGAGUGUUGCUUUGUCAAGCCAAGCUGCUACUUGAUUUUCGAAACAAAAAACAAAAAAACAAAAAAACAAAAAAAAGAACUCUACACUAACGCAAAGGCGAAAAAAAUAAACUUAAAUGUGAUGCAUUUCUAUGAAUACACUAAAUGAAUACAUAACCCUAUAUACAAUCAUAUAUGUAUACACUGUAUCGAUGGCUAUUUAGAAUUAAGACUCUCGAUCCGCAACCGCAUUCCCUUUACUUUAAGAGCUGGACUCUAUUCACAGCCAAGGAUUGCGCAAACAUUUUGGUUACCCUCCUCCUCCUCCACCUGCUAAUCCUGCUCCCCUUCUCCUAUACAUUCGAAUCCGUUGUCCUUUCCGUCUCCGGAGCUUCAGAUACCACAGCCAAUUGAUUGAUGAUAAAUCCUGGCGAUGGUCAGCAGCCAGCAGUGGGUGCAAUCUUCACUCCUUCCAUGGAUACUGCGCGAUGGACUCUGGGGGCAGACGGGGCGCUCUGGAAUAUCUGAGAAUUUAAUAAAA